ACAGAAAAUUUGACACCGAAAGUUUGUAAUGAAAAAAACAAUUGUAAAAAAUGAUAUAAUUCUUUUGCAAAAAAUGAUUAAAAAAAAAAGUUAAAAAAAAACAUUGUUUUGAAAAAGAAGCCACUCACUAAUGAAAAACCGAACCCUCACCACCUUUAAUUUUCCUUUAUAAAGACACAUGAUUCUAACCUCUCUUCCUCCCUCUUCCUCUUCUCACUCUCUCUCUCUCUUGCUCCAAGUUUUCACAAUGACUUUCUUCAUCGAAGACACUAGUGUCAUCAUCAGCCACGUUCUCUACAAAACGGCGGUUAUCAUCGCCGUUUUACGAUGGAUUUUCGCCUGGAGCCUCCGUUACCGCUCCAGAUCAUCAUCAUCAUCAUCAUCUCAAUCCUCCUCUACUCCUUUGAUUUCAUCACAAACAAUCAAAGAAAGCCUCGCUGUAACGGCGUUCCGCGACGCGGUGGAGAGAUCUCCCGCGACAAUAAACGACACGUGCGCCGUGUGUCUAGGAGAUCUUGAAGACGACGACGAAAUCAGAGAGCUUAGGAAUUGUAACCAUGUUUUUCAUCGUGAUUGUAUUGACCGGUGGCUAGAAUAUGAAUGUCGCGGUGGCGAUGAGGAUAACCACCGUACUUGUCCGCUAUGUCGAACACCGUUGCUUCCGUCGUUCUCUGAUUGCUCCACCGUUAAUCAACCUAGCUGGGCCGUUGAACGACUUCUUUACCUCUUCGGCGACGAUCUUCUUCCCUGAACUUUUUUCUUUUUACUAUAAAAAAAUUUGAUUUUAUUUUUUCUGAUGAGAAUUGUAUGUUGGAGGAGUAGAAUAGGAAAUAUAAGAAUGAUUGAUCUCAAUUAUACGAAAACGAACCAAUUUGAUUUGAUUGUAUAUACAAAUGUUACAUUCCAGUGUGUAUUAAUUCUCUUUUUCAGAUAUGUGUCUAAAGUUGAUUAUUUUU